AUGCUUCACUCCACUUCUCUUCUUCCCCAUAAUAACCGUUUCCUCUUCUCCUUCGGCUCCCAACCUUCUUAUUCUCAUUCUCAUUCCCACUCCCUCUCUUUCUCCAAAUUUCUCUCUCUUCCCUCUUCUCUCUCUUCAUGUUGUCGAGUCGCCCGAAUCUCCACAGAGACCUUGGAGGUCUCCCAGCCACCGCCCAACGACUUCAACUUCCAUCGCGAAAUCGCGCGCCUCGCUGCGCUCCGUCACAGGCUCGCGGCGUGCGCCACUCUCGGCGAUAAGCUUCGAGUGCUCAACGCCGAUUCCAGAGUGAAGCGCUUCUUCGGCUCGCGCCGCGGCCUCUCCAGUGUUUUGGCCUCGUUCCGGCUGAGCUCCGACCAACUGUUCCUGCUUAAGUGCGUGGUUGCCGCCGGGCAGGAGCACGUGCUCUAUUUGGACGAAAACGAAGCGCUGGAAUCAGCCGCAGCCGCCGCGAGUGCCGUGAAAAGCGCACUCUACGUUAUAGCGGAGAUGAUUGAGAAUUUGGAUUCCUAUAGUGGCAAUGGUGGUACGGGUUUGGGGAUGGCGUUGGAGGAUCACGAGAUUAUGGAAUUAAAGAAGUUGUUAGAGACUUUGGCAGAAAUCGAGCGAUUCUAUGACUGUAUUGGUGGAAUUAUUGGGUCAGUUCUUCGUUUUCCUACUUUUACCAUUUGCUUCGUAUGGAACAAAUGGGAUAGAGAUGGAAUAAAAUUAACUACCUUGCUUUUGCUUCUUUAA